AUCUUCUUUCUCUUUCUCUUUCUCUCACUUUCUCUCCCUCUCUCUCACUUUCUUGGAUUUUGCUAUCAGUUUUCUCUUUUCCCCCGUUGAUCAAGAAAAUAAUUGUACGUUACAGAGUUUUGAGCCAUUUUUGAUUUGAUCCCUUCGUUGCCAACUUCUUGGGUUGUUUUUGCCUUUAUAACAUAUGGGAAGUUCGGAGAUUGAAGGCAAACAGAUUGAAGAUACUCGAUAUGAGAAAGAAAAUAAAAUAAGUGCAUCUUCUAAAGACCAUAUUGAGUUAACCCAUAAUAGCAGCAGACUCUCUCAAGGUACUCAAUUAGCAGAAGAAAAUAGAGAUGUGACAACAAGCCUGGACAUGAACACCUCUCCUUCAUAUAGAUUUCCAUCUGCAAUGUUUGCAAGAAAUAAAUCUCAGGCGCCAAUGGAAUGGAGUGCUGCUUCUAGUGAAUCUUUGUUCAGUAUUCACAUGGGGAAUAUGAGCUUCACUAGAGAACAAUCAUUUAUGGGAGGAGAGCUAAUAGGGUUACCUGGUGAGAUUAGCAUGUCUGCACCUGUUUCUCCUUUGGUAAAGCCUUCCAGUAAGCGAGACAUGAAUAUUCCUUCACCGAUUAGUAAAUCUUCUGCUAAACACAAGGCUGUUGUUAAUUCUGAAACCAUAAAAGAAAAUGAAACUCCUAAAGAAACUCCCAAGAAAUCUCAGCGUUCUGCUAGCUUUCGUCGUUCAGAUGUUAGUGGAGCUAGUGUCAAAUCAUUUGCAUUUCCAAUAUUGACCGAUCACAAAGCCGAUUCAUCAAAGCCAAAUGCAUCACCGCGUUCGCCAUCACAGCCACAGACUCCUAAAGUGUCACAAGAACCAGAGUCGCAGCAAAAACCACAACUAGAACAGCCUAAUCCAGGGACUAGUACUGCUAAACCACCUGCAAAUGCUGGUAUGAAUAGAUGGUUCGCUUGCUUACCCUGUUGUAGUUCUUCGCGUUCGUGAUGUAUGAUUGACAAAUCUUUGUUGCAGAAGAAUUCUGCCACAAAUUUUCUACUGUUAACAUUGUUGUAAAACGGAAAUUAAUUCCAGAGGAACACAUGUAAGAGAGAUCACAAACUUAUAUAUUCAAAAACACUCUUCAAAAUUUUGCUUUCCUCAGUAAAAAUGUUCCAAUUUUAUUUUGAAAUCU